AUGAUAUCGAACAAAUUGGCCAUUGGUACCCAUUCACUCGGUCAGCAUGAUUCUCAUUCAUUGGACCAGAAGAUAAAAAGUGCAGCUAGACACGGCUUUUCUGGCGUUGAAGUGGUAUACGGCGACCUCGAAACAUAUGCACAAGCCUGCGGUAUUGCAUUGACGGCCGCCGCAAAAGCUAUACGCCAGCUGUGUCUAGAACACAAUGUCGCCAUCAUAUCGCUGGCACCGUUUGAAAACUUUGAGGGCGACAAGAGUCCGCUCAGACAACGGCUGAGCAAAGCGCAGCACUGGCUCGACAUUGCACGCACAUUGGGAGCCGAGUAUCUGCAGGUACCGGCUCAAUUCACCGUCGACUGUGACGGCGACGAGGACGUUAUUGCAUCCGACCUGCAGCAACUGUCCGACCUGGGUAGUGCGAAACAACCCGUGAUCUCUAUUGCUUAUGAGCCCAUGUCAUGGUCGACGCAUGUUUCCACCUGGCAGACAACCCUUCGCAUCAUUAAAAAGGUUGACCGCGCCAACUUUGGGCUGUGUCUUGACAGCUUCCACAUCCUCACCAAGAUAUGGGGGAAUAACCGCGAUGCCUCCGGCAAGUAUCCCAACGCGGAUGCUAGGCUAGCAACUUCACUCGCAAGCUUCAAGAGGGAUUUCCCGCUUGAAAAGUUGUUUUACGUGCAGAUGUCCGACGGCGAGAGAUUCGAUCCUCCGUUUUCGCGGGAGCACCCAUGGUUUCUCGAAGGCGAAGCGGCAGAGUUUACUUGGUCAAAGCAUGCCCGGCCAUUCCCCGGAGAGAAAGACUACGGCGCAUACCUGCCGGUAGGAGAGUUUCUCAAGGCGUGUGUGGUGGAGAAGAAGUUCAGAGGCUGGGUGAGCAUGGAAAUCUUUGAUCGAAGGAUGCGCGACGGUCAAUACUCGAUAGAGGAUGCCGCUAUGAGGGCAAAAAGGUCGUGGGAGUAUCUUCUGCGCCAAGUUUCACCACCACAGAAACUAUAA